AGGUGGAAUGUGGAAAGGGGAGGGGGGCGGGGGAGGAGAGGUAAACACGAGAGACGAGGCGGUGGGGGGAGCGCUGACGACUUAGGAACCGAGAAGUGGGGGCGGCGGGGCCCUGGGGACUCUCAACGGCAAACAGAACCGGGCCCUCCGCAGCGCGCGCCGUGCAGGGGCGAGGCCUCAGCCCGGGGCGGCCUCCCCGCCCAGUCCCGGCCCCGAGGCCGGCGCGGGCGAGGACCCGGCUUCCCGUCCCGGCCGCGGCCCGCCCCGUUGCCGGGCGGGGCCCGACCCGCCCGCCGCGCCGGGAGCCGCAGCCCCGCGCCACGCGGUCCCCACGGGCCGGGCCGGGCGGCCGGGGCGCGAUGGCGACGUGGCGGCGGGACGGCCGGCUGACGGGCGGCCAGCGGCUGCUGUGCGCCGGCGUGGCGGGGGCGCUCAGCCUGAGCCUCACCGCGCCGCUCGAGCUCGCCACCGUGCUGGCCCAGGUCGGCGCCCGGCGGGGCCGGGCCCGGGGGCCGUGGGCCGAGGGGCUCCGGGUGUGGCGCGCCGAGGGGCCCCGGGCCCUGUGGAAGGGGAACGCGGUGGCGUGCCUGCGCCUCUUCCCCUGCAGCGCCGUGCAGCUCGCCGCCUACCGCAAGUUUGUCAUGCUGUUCACGGAUGACCUGGGCCAUAUUUCCCAGUGGAGAUCUAUCAUGGCCGGGAGUCUCGCAGGCAUGGUUUCCACUGUUGUGACCUACCCUACAGACCUCAUCAAAACCCGGCUGACUGUGCAGAACCUGCUGGAACCAUCUUACCGAGGGAUCUUCCAUGCUUUUUCUACUGUCUAUCAACAAGAAGGGUUCCUAGCCCUUUACCGAGGGGUUUCCCUUACUGUUCUAGGUGCUCUCCCGUUCUCUGCCGGCUCCCUUCUCGUUUACAUGAACCUGGAGAGAAUCUGGAAUGGACCCCGAGAUCGGUUCUCUCUCCUCCAGAACUUUGCCAAUGUCUGCCUGGCCGCUGCAGUAACCCAGACCCUCUCCUUUCCUUUCGACACAGUGAAGAGAAACAUGCAGGCUCAGAGCCCGUGCCUUCCGCACCGUGGAGGAGUGGACGUCCAUUUCUCAGGAGCGGUGGACUGCUUCCGGCAGAUAGUCAAGGCCCAAGGGGUCCUGGCGCUCUGGAACGGACUGACACCCAACUUGCUAAAGAUAGUUCCGUAUUUUGGAGUUAUGUUUGGCACCUUUGAGUUCUGCAAGAGAAUCUGUCUCUACCAAAACGGUUACACUGUGUCUCCUCUGAGCUAUCAGCUGACCCCAGGGGUGGAUCAGAGUUUGAAGCCCCAGGAAUUACGGGAAUUUAAAAAGUUCUUCAAAACCAGACAGCUGAAGUCUAAGAAGCCAACUCUUUAAAACCGAAUGGAGCAAGAAGGGCACUGACUGAAGGCGUGUUACAAUCACAGAAAAGAGGUAGCCUCGGAAUUGCGUGUGCGUGGAGCGACAAGCAGGCCUCCUGUCUGCUGCUCUCGGAAAUGAGAAGGUUGAGCCGCGUAUCACCUCCGAGAUCCGAUCUGAUGUCCUGGUGAACACCUGUGCCAGGGGAAGUUUCCCAACGUGACUGUUUUGUGGCAGCAUUCCACCCGAUUUCAUAACAAAACGUGGCUGUAGCGAAAUGUGCAACGUACACGUGCAACUUACACGACACCAAAGAAAUGGCACCGCCGCGACCUCAAAGCGACGUGUAGUUGGAGUGGCUGAGCGGAUACAUACCACACCGUGAGCUUAGCCGCAGGGUCACAGCCGCAGGGUCACAGCUUGCACUAAGCCACACUGGCCUAGCUUUGCUCCAUUUGACCCGAGACUUCCCAACAUAGCUGCUCUGAAACUCCUAAUCCUUGCUGACUCCGGAGCGCACACGCUAUAGCGUAAAUUACACCUUCUCAGAAACUAAAUUAAAACGUUUAACAUUUAAAAAUUA